UAAUGUCAGGGUCAUUAUAGAUUGGUGCUUGUUAAGGUUUCAGAAAAGGCCUUGAAGGUGGUUGUUGUUGAAGUGUUUAAUUUUUGAAUGUACAGUGUUAGAGGGUGACAUGAAGACACUGGGGAUUCAUGAUAAUUAACCAAUUAGUUUAAAAGUUAUCAGAAAUGAAUACAUGCUUAAUCAUGAAAGUUUUAUUUUUAGAAAAUCUGGAUAAAAAAAAUAAAAAUUCUGUUUCUUUUGUCAUAAUUAGAAUCAAGAUAGCCUUUAGUCUUCAUUUGUCUCUGCAUGUAAUUCCUUCAGUGUGGUAAGUACAUAUUUUAAUAAGAAAAUAUUAUUUCAAUGUACCUAGGACUUCUGCAUUCUGUGCAGUCAUUUCUCCAUUUACACACUUUAUAUUUAUGUAAUUUUGGUUUAAAUGGGUUGAAAAAUAUGUAUUGUCUCUUUAUUUGUAUUAUUUUAGUUCUAAUUUUAACACUUAUGCGGUCGGUAACAGGUAACAUGGUGGGUGAUGUCAUGGCAUUUAUGUGGAAUGUUAGAGAACAUAACAUCAGAUGCAACUAUAUGAAUAUUAUACAUGAACAAAUGCGUAUAAUGGUUUAUCAUGUGGGUUUUCAGCCCUCUUAUGGUUUUAUUUGCACAUUUUUUGAUAAUUUCAAUUUUUUUAGGUACUCUGACUACAAGGUGCACUUUUCUUGUAACAUUAAUAGAACACUCAUUUUUUUAUUAUGUUAGAACUUUUCCAUUGUUUCUUUCGUUCAGGUAUAUAAUUUGUGUGGGUCAGGAACACAGUGGAACCCUGUUCUUGAGAACUUUUUUUCAGUUACCAUUCAGAACAUUCGGUUUCUGAUAGUGUCGAUUCACUGUUGGACCGAAGAGUGUUGAAGGAAGUGUAAAGUGGAGGAUAGUGACUCAAGGUCAGACAGUGGCAUGCUGUGGCCUGUUCAGUUGCAUUCCAUUUGUGCUGAGUGAGUCUGGUGUAAAGAUGGCUGCUCCACUAGACAGUUACAUCAAGGAUGAACGAUGUGCUAUACUGCAUAUUUUAUGGUCUGAAGGAGUGAAAGGGGCAGAAAUAUUUCAAUGAUUGGUGCUCGGUAUGUUUGCCAUAACAAAGUGUACAUGUCAAAAUGUUUUAAAGUGACUGAGCCAGUGUUGUUGAUGCACACACCCAUCUACAUUCACAAAUGAACAAAAUAUGGAGAAUGGUGGAUUUCUACCCCUUUCACUCCUUCAGUUCACAAAAUAAUGCCUUAGUAUGCUGCUUGUUCUUGGUGCAAACAUGUAGUGGAGCAACUAUCACAAUGCCAUGUUCACUUGGCACAAAUGAACAGCAACUGAACCACAUACACAGCGUGGAUUUGUCUGACGGGCCACAGUAUUACCAGGCCUCAGCUGUAUUACCAGUCAUACAACUAAAUUAUUCAAAUAUUUCUGAUAGUUUAAUCUCACUUGUGUUCCCAAAAAUAACGAAUUUUUGUAGUUUCUGUGUGCAUAAACUAUUCUUAAUGUUCAUGUGUUGAAUAGACACUGAAAAAUGGCUUUCAAAAUACAAAGAAAAUUAUUAUUACAUUUAUGAAAUUGUAAUAAUCAAUGUAAUUUAAUGGAAAACAUAUAAGAUUAAAAAAGAGGGAAUGAUGGACUUUCCAUAUCAAAAACCAGCAGAGAUUAUGUUGCAUACAUGGAUAGUAUGCUACUCUUACUAUUAAACUUCUUUGGUGAAUAGAUGAUGACAAACUGAUGAGAGACUUUUGGUGGAAGGUUAUGUGCUAUUCUGCUGAAAUUUAGAGUUGUUCUAAUAUGUCUUUCAGACAGUCACAUUUACAGUGGUUACUGUGCAAGGCAUUGUCUGUGCUUGUGUGAAACUGGGAAAUGUGUUAAUAACAUCUGUAAAAUUUUCAGUGAUAUAUCAUUUAAAUUAUUGGAAAAUGUGUUUAAAUUGUUCAAAACUUUGGAUUGAAUGCAAGUAUCUGUGAUCAAAAUUUAUUUUUAAUUCAAACUUCUUUCAACUUAAGCUCUCCUCAUGUCUUAAUGUACACAAAGCUUUCCUGUCUGUAAUACACUUCUAUCCUAUCUAAAUGUACUUCAAAGGAACUGACGAGAAACUAUUUCCUGAUGGAUAUAAGUGCAAAGGCAGUUGGGUUGAGAGUUUGCAGCUUAUCAUUAAACAUAAUAUUUCUACCUUAAAAUAAAUUAAAGUAAGUUUCACAAAAGUACAAGGGACUAGGAUUAUAAAAUUACUCGUUUCUUUGUUAUGAAUGGCAGGGAGAUUGUGUAAGUUGUAUUAGCAGCUAAUAAAAUUCUUUUGGUUUCUCAACCAUGUGAAAUGUUUAAAACUCGCCUACAUUUCAGGGACCAUAUCUCGUGUCCUAUUUCAAAUCAAUGCUCUUUCACAGCGGACUUUUCUAGCUGGACCUGACGUAUUUGUAUCAUAUGUUCCUUGCAUCGGGCCGACCGUGGACGCGACCGCAAAACAGUUUUGUAGUAUGCUGGAGAUAGAUGGCAGCGUGACGUCAAAAGCAGACGUUCUACUGAUCUGUCUGUAAAAUCGGGUUCGCACCUGCCAAUUCUGCCGCAUGGUAACAUCACAGAGAUUGCACUGACGUUUUCGUUGUUGACGUUCGCCAUAAUGAGCGAUGUCUCAUUUACAUCUAAACCACGAAAUCUACUGUUGCGUUAGAUUCUUACGUUACGGCAGGAUUUGCAGUCGUGAAUCCCGCUUUGCCGUUAUCAGCUUACAAUGUUUUGUAUGAGGGAAGAUAGAGUGUGUGUAGAGGGACUGUGAAGUUACGUUGUAACAUUUGGUGUCGGGUGAUUUUUAUUAACCAUUCAUCAUGAGUGACAGGAACCCAGGUUGCGAAUUAGAUCUGGGAUGGUUAAACAGUAUUCAUGUGAAUGUGCCUGCCAUCAGGCUGCGGGCAGAUGUGUUGCAGUCACGCCGCUCUGUCAAAAGAGAGUGGCAAGCAGCUUGGCUCUUGCGUGCAAUAACUUGCAUUGAUCUUACGACACUUGGUGGUGAUGAUACAGCAAGUAACGUUGCACGCCUUUGUGCAAAGGCAGCGCAUCCAUUGUCAUCUGAUGUUCUAUUAGCCCUUGGGUUUGAAGAAGAUGAUAACAGAAUUACCACUGCUGCAGUGUGUCUGUACCCAUCCCGCGUAGCGGAUGCUGUGAGUUGUCUUAAGAAGAUGGGUAUGGCUGACAAGAUUCCUGUUGCAUCAGUUGCAACAGGUUUCCCUAGUGGCCAGUACAUGCUGAAAACACGUUUAGAAGAAAUACGCAUGGCUGUUACAAGUGGCGCUACUGAGAUUGACGUAGUAAUAGAUCGCAGUUUGGUUGUAACUCAUCAGUGGGAGUUACUCUAUCAAGAGAUACAACAAAUGAAAGAAGCAUGUGGCCCCAAAACUCAUAUGAAGACCAUUCUAGCUGUUGGUGAAUUGGGUUCAUUGACAAAUGUGUACAAGGCUUCACUUGUGGCAAUGAUGGCUGGUUCAGAUUUCAUUAAGACUUCUACAGGAAAAGAAGCAGUGAACGCCACGUUACCAGUGGGGGUGGUUAUGUGCCGAGCAAUUCGUAAUUAUUACCAGCGCGUUGGAUACAAGGUAAAUUUUAUCAUUUUAAGUUAUGCAGUAUUGUCCCUUAUAGUAUAGAACAAAAUAUGUAACAACUGUGAAAACAGUAAUCCUUCAUGAACAGGGGUGGGGAGUUGCGGUCCGAAAAAAGAAUACAAUUAUCGAAACCAAAGCCUUGUUGGAAGUUCACAGUUACAGGUGUAACAACACGUUCAAUAUUCAUCAGAGACCAAGUAGAUCUGAAAGCCUUCCAUAUCGUGGGUUUAUUUAAAAGACGCAUCGUGUACCAUUGUGGUAAUCUAGGCAAUUGGAAACUGGCGG